GGCUCCGGAUGUUGUUAUUACAGUGCGUGACAGGUCGGCAGGCGGCUGCUUGGAGUGACAGUACGCAGAGAUGAAGAAAUUAUUCCAGGGUUUAAAGAGUGACAUUAAAUUCAAGGCCGCGGGGCCAGGGCAUAAACUGACCGAGGAGAGCAAGGCAGAAGCCCCAAAGGCUAGCAAUGUACCUCCAAAGCCAAGGAGCCCUCCCACUGGGGAGGCUCAGCUAGCAGCAGCCUCAGCAGCCAUGGCCAGGAUAGAGUCACAGGGCAGGGCCAAGGCACCAGCCAAGGACCCCAUCAGGGCUCAAGUGAGGAAAGAGCUGGAGGCAGCUCAGGUGAGUGAGGGGGCAGAAGGCAUCAAAAGCGACACUGAGAAAAAAAGUAAAACUUCAUCUGACGUUUGUAACAUCCUGUUUAAAUGCCCGCUGACUGGAGACCUGUUGAAGAAAGAUGAGAGAGAGAAGCACAUCACAGAGAUCAUCCAAGCGUUGGCUGUCAGUGAUCCAGCAUCCGCCUCCAUCAUGAAGAUUCACACGUUUAACAAAGAUAGAGAAAAGGUCAAGGUGGGAGUAGAAAUAAUGACCAAGUACCUCGAUAACAUCGUUGGUCACCCUGAGGAAGAGAAGUAUCGCUCCAUCAGAAUGUCUAACAAAGUGUUCCAGGAGAAGAUAAGUCACUUGGAAGGAGCUCAUGAAUUCUUUGAAGCUGUUGGGUUUGAGAGGAAGACUCAGCCUUUGCCUGGACAAGAGACCCAAGACGAAUUCUUCAUUUUGAGCAGUGAGGCGCUGGAAAAGCUGGAUUUGCUUCAAACUUACAGAGAUUCUCUAAGCAGCGGAGAGCCACUAAGGGCCACUUUGGAACGCCAACCACGUGUCUUCACACCGUCUAUACAGGCUGCACACUUUGAUCUCCCUGAUGACUUCUACAACCUGACAGCUGAUGAGAUUAAACGGGAGCAAAAAUUAAGGACUGAGGCUCUUGAGCGAAAUGCAAUGUUAAGAACCAAAGCGAUGCGAGAGAAGGAUGAGCAACGUGAAAUGAAGAAAUACAAUUACACCGUGCUAAGAAUUAAACUUCCAGAUGGCUACAUUUUGCAAGGCAUGUUUUAUGCUCGGGAACGUGUUUCUACACUAUUUGACUUUGUCCGGCAGCACCUUCAGAACGAUUGGCUGCCAUUUGAGCUGAUAGCCCCUGGAGGCCAGAAGUUGGAAACCGAGGAGGCUGCAUUCAAUGAGAGCGGUUUAGUUCCAUCUGCCCUGUUAAUCUUCCGCUGGGAUGUAGCUGUCAUGACGGAUAUUAAGGCAGCUGUGGGACAUGGGCCAGAGAGUGCGCUGAAGCCAGAGCUGCUGUCAACUGCCGAGAACCUUGUUUAGAAGUGAACAUAACCUACCCUAAAGGAAUGCGCUACUCUCCUCCACCAUAUAGAAAAGUCAUCUGCACGUAGUGUUACACAAUACAUUCUCAAUCAUGUAUUUUUUCUUGCACCAGUAAAAAAGUACCAAAGGCUUUAUUUAUUAAGAACAUCUGAACAGAACAUGUGUCAAAUGUAAACACCUGGUUAUUUACUAAACAGUGAAAUCACCAGGAAAUCGUAAAGUUUAGGCAAAAAUUGCUGAACUGGAAACAUUCUCCAAGUCAGCUAUAUUUCCAGCACAGUAAUUUUGGCCUUAAAAUAACAUACCAGCUCCCAUAAUAACAUUAUGCCAUUAAAUUCCUGUUUGGUGUCUCAAAGUCCUGGGCAUCAUGUUGUCUUAUGUGGUUAUAUUAUUUUUGGAUAGUUUUACCCUCCGGUUGUCCUCCAAGCGU